GCGCUUUGUUUCGAUGGAUCUCCUGGAAAUCCCCUCCAUCGCUCGCAUUGGAUCUGGAGGCGAGGCUGCCAGUCCAUUCUUCUCGAUCGAUCGCAAAUGCGAUGGAGGAGAAAGGAUCCUUGGAAGCGCCGCAGAGCUUAUCGGAUGGACGCCCCUGGUGGAAACCAAGAGAAUCUCUGCCAAGGAAGGAGCUCUCGCGAGGAUCGUCGUCAAGUUGGAAGGAUAUCAGCCUGGAUGCUCCGUCAAGGAUCGCAUGGCUCUCUCGAUGAUCAUUGAUGCCGAGAACAAAGGACUCCUUAUUCCUGGAGUGUCAACCAUUGUGGAGCCAACGAGCGGGAACACUGGAAUCGCUCUAGCUCUUGUAGCUGCAGUCCGAGGAUAUAAAGUCGUGGCCGUCAUGCCUUCCAGCUACUCGAUCGAGCGCCGGAUGAUUCUCAAAGCCUUUGGGGCUCAAGUCAUCCUCACAGAUCCUGCUCUAGGAUUUGCCUUCUUGUUUGACAAAGCUCGAGAGCUAGCAAAAACACUUCCAAACGCGUGCAUGCUGGAUCAAGCCCAGAACCCAUGCAACCCUCAAGCUCACUUCGAUAGCACGGGUCCUGAGAUCUGGAAAGACACGGCAGGCAAGGUGGACAUCUUCAUGUCGGGCUGUGGAACAGGAGGAACACUCAGUGGAGCUGGGAAGUAUCUCAAGUCUCGAAACCCGGAAAUCCAAGUCAUGGCAGUGGAGCCGGCUGAGAGUCCAGUUCUAUCGGGUGGUGUCAAGGGGCCGCACGGGAUCCAAGGAAUAGGACCAGGAUUUAUUCCAGACGUCACAGACACGAGCAUCAUCGAUAGAGUGGUGACCGUCACUACGGAGGAAGCUCUUGAUUGGACGAGAAGAUUGGCGAGCGAGGAGGGCCUUUUGGUUGGAAUCUCGUCCGGAGCUGCGUUUGCUGGAGCUAUCAAGAUCGCGAAAAGUCCUGAGAACGCUGGAAAGAUGAUCGUUGUGAUACUUCCCAGUGCCGGUGAGCGCUAUCUUUCCACACCUUUGUUUGCAGAGAUUAGAGACGAGUGUGAGAAAAUGGAAGUGAUCUCAGCUUGAUCUUGAGCCGAGAACUCUCGGCAACCUUUUUGCGAGAUCGUAAGUUCUCCGCUAAGAUGGUGUUAAGAUGGUGCGAUCCUUGUGCUGCAACAAACUUUAAGAUUGGAAAGAAAACUUGGAGCAAAAGAAAGAACUUUGGUUUCGUUUGAUCGUGUCCUUCCUUCACCAGAGAAAAGAAGAAAAAAGAGAGAGCUUUGGGAAACUUUCUGGCUAUGGUGGCAGCAUAUUCCCUAUAUUCAUGCCAGCCAGCAAUGAAGAACAUGGUCGCUAUAGAAAAACAGCAGCUUUCCACCUGCGCAGACAAAAGAAGACUAGAAAAGAAAA